AUGUCAGCCGAGCUUCCAUGGCAUGCUGCAUAUCCAUCACCAAGGGGCGCGGCACCUUCCAUUUCAAGAGAAGAGCUACUGCAGUGGAUUCAAGAGGGGAGACAAGCAGGCAAAGACUUUAUACUUGUUGACCUACGUCGCACAGACUAUGAGAGUUUAUACCCCAUGAUUCCUACUUUAUAUUCGCUCGUAUCGAACAGCCGCGUGAAAGAUGUGAUUUGGUACUGUGGUGAGUCUUGCGAAAUAAAUAUGACUACGACUUCCUCAAGUGCGAGUUCUAAUCUCUCUUCAGGGUCAUCUGCUGGUCGAGGCACUCGUGCAGGAGGGUGGUUUGCGGAUCACCUCGAAGAUCACCAUGAUACAGAAGUCAAGAGCUGGGUCCUAUCGGGUGGCAUUAAAGGAUGGGUUGCAGCCGGUCCUGACUAUACAUCCUGGAUGGAUGGGUACGAGGCCUCUGUCUGGAUAAAGUAG